GCUGCUAUGGGUACAUUGGAUGCUAUCAUUGAUACUGUAUCUGCAACUCAUCCUUUGUUGCCAUUGAUUGGCCUGUUGAAGUCACAUGGAAUACUCGUCUUGGUGGGUGCACCGGAGAAGCCACCUAAGCUUCUAGUCUUUCCCUUUCUCGUGGUAGAGAUUGAGCUUAUUUCAAUGGACUAUGUCAACACUGCAAUGGAGCGGCUCAUAAAGGCUGAUGUUAGAUAUCGUUUUGUCAUAGACAUUGGGAACACAUUGAAGAAUUGA